AUGAUCGCCCCGACUACCAAAGCGGCGGCCCGCCGUGCUCUUCGUUCUACAUCACUAUCAAGUCGAUGCUGCUGUCAUUCUCCACAUGCUGGACCUUCUCAGCUUCGAGCUUUUGCAACUACUUUAGCUGUACGCCAUCCCGACAGCUCAUCACAAGCUUCCUCAUCACAAGCUCGAGUGGAUACUGUGUCCUCUAGCUCGAGUCAUGACGCAUUCUACGGCGUAUUCCCAUCUCGAACACAUACUUGCGGAGAGCUGCGCCCAACACACGCCGAGCGAGACGUCAUCCUCACGGGUUGGCUGCGGUCCUCACGCCAGGUCUCAAAGCAGCUCGGCUUCUUAACAAUAUUUGAUCACACCGGCUCGGUUCAGCUCAAAGUCCAGCCCACUCCCGACUCACCAUCACUUCUCGAGACCUUCGCCACCAUACCCCUCCAAAGUGCCGUCCUCGUCCGCGGUAAAGUCGCUCUCCGUCCAACCCAAGACUCAAACGCGACACAAUCAACAGGGGCCGUCGAAGUCCUCCCUGAAAGCUUCACAUUGCUCAAUCCUGCCACUCGCGAUCUUCCCUUCCAGCCUUCCGACUCGGUCCACGCAGACCGUGUCUCCACCGAACUUCGAGCACGCUACCGAUACCUUGAUCUCCGACGUCCCUCUUUAGCACAAAACAUCAGGCUACGCAGUCACAUCACACACGCCAUUCGCAGCCAUCUCUACGCCCAAGGCUUUCUCGAGAUCGAGACACCUCUCUUGCUUCGAUCAACACCCGAGGGUGCUCGAGAGUUCUUGGUGCCUACAAGAUCCUCCUGUGGCAGCAAUAGCUUCCAAGAUCCGACCUUUUAUGCACUUCCACAGUCGCCUCAGCAGCCGAAACAGCUUUUGAUAGCAUCAGCAGUCACCGACAAGUAUUUUCAGAUCGCAAAGUGUUUUCGAGAUGAAGAUGGUAGGAAGGAUCGUCAACCCGAGUUCACGCAGAUCGAUCUCGAGAUGGGCUUUGUUAGCGGUGGUCCCAGCAGCACCGAAGCAACGCAGCACUCACCAGUGCCGUCUGAUUCAAAUCAGAAUGUUGAUGCUCGAGAUGCACAAGGCCAGUGGAGGAUAGGCGGUCAUCAGGUUAGAGAUGUCAUCCAAGGCCUCGUUUCGAGAAUCUGGCAGGUUGCAGGUAGAGGCGAGCUACCGGCUCAAUUCCCCGUCAUGUCCUACUGGACCGCCAUGACACGCUACGGAUCUGACAAGCCGGAUCUGCGCUACGAUCUAGCGCUCCAUGACAUCUCCUCUGCCUUUGUCUCCUCAUCCGACCCCAACCCGAAGCCCGAAUUAUGCGGACAAAGCCUGGAAAUCCUCCCCUACCAACACCACUUUACCGGAUCGCUCUCCAAAAAAGAGCUCGACAAUCUCCUCUCGCCGUUCAAAGGCAAAGUCGAACGUUUCCGCAUCUCCUCGAUCGACAACAUUCAUGAGCUUGCCGCCCUCCUCCUCAAAAAGAGCGCUCUCACUAGAACCUUUCUCUCCCGACUCGAACAUCUCCCAGCAUCGGAAGUGAGUGUCGAGCAUCUCGCUUCAACCCUCUCAUCCGCCAUCAACGCCGAGUCACGAGAGACAGACGCCCAACAACCCAUCGACAUCCUCCUCUCCCUUCGCAAAGAUCCUCCCGAAGGCGGCAGCACGACCCUUGGCCAUGUUCGAAAACUUCUCGCCUCAUCCCUCAUCUCCAAGAACCUCCUCCAACUUAAAGGCGAUCUUUUCACUUGGAUCACCGAAUUCCCUCUCUUCACUCUUGCAGAUGAGGACAAGAACCAACUCUCCACCCUUUCUUCCGGCAGCUCAACAACAAGGUGGCAAUCCAGUCAUCACCCCUUCACUGCUCCUGUUGCUCAAGAUAUCCCCCUUCUCGAACCUCCCUCACCUAACUCUACCCAAGUCGAUCCAGCAGCCAUUGCGCAGGUUAGAGGACAACACUACGAUUUGGUCUUGAACGGUCAGGAAAUCGGUGGAGGGUCCGUUCGAAUUCACUCUCGGAAACUACAAGAAACAGUUUUCCGUGAUGUCCUCAAACUGGAUGAUGCGGAAAGAGCAAGAUUCGCACACCUGAUCCAUGCACUCGACUGCGGAGCACCCCCACACGGCGGAAUCGCACUUGGCUUGGAUCGUCUCACGGCUAUCCUAUGCAACACGGAAAGCAUCAGAGAUGUCAUUGCUUUCCCAAAGCAAGCUUCUGGUGUAGAUCCUCUCUUCCGUUCUCCUGCACCUUUACGCGAUCAGACAGAAUCACAAGCCACAACCGACACAACCGACACCCUCUUACGCAUGUAUGGAUUGGCAAAAGCUCCAACCGGCGAGAACAAAUCAAGAAACAGCUUUUCUGAAUGCUAG